AUGCCAACCCUCCCUACGAACAUCAAAGUUGGGUUGUACCAAAUGAAAGUUGAACUGUUCGUCCCAAAUCCGCUUCGAUGUUUCAAAUGCCAGCGAUUUUGGCAUGGACAAAAUAAUUGCAAAGGCACAGAAACAUGUUUCAGGUGUGGUGAAGAGGGACAUGACGGCAAAGGUUGUCAAAAGGAACCUAAAUGCAAGAACUGUAAAGGUAACCAUAUGGCUUCUUCAAAACAAUGUCCUUUAUGGAAAAAAGAAAAAGAAAUUCAAAAAGUAAAAUCUGAGAAAAAAAUACCGUACCCAGAAGCAAAGAAGCUAGUCAACAUGUACAGUGUUCCUAGACCAAAUUUAACAUCAUAUGCAACUGUUUUAAAAUCGUCCUCAAUGAAGGAUGUUUCUACUCAGGUUUCUGAGAAUGAUAUUCUUAAGCAAACCUUAACAUCUAAGAUGUCUACGUCAUCAAAUGACAAAGCUAAAUCUGUUUCGACACCUGCUUCUGCAGGCCCUGCAGCUGUGGCUGCACCAAACCCUGUGGCUACGACUGCAUCAAAGUCAACAGCUGCGGGUAUAUCAAAAUCAUCUGGGAGACAGAAUAGAUCUCCCUCUAAAAACACUAAGAAGCAGUCGAGUGAUCGAUUGCCGAAAGCAGCAAAAGAUCCCGUCGCUCUGCAUAAUAAAUAUGGGGUCUUUGAGGAAAUGGACGUUACACCAUGCCAUUCUUCCUCGGGAGUCCGAAGUGAAUCGCCCAAUAAAAAUAAAGGGAGGAUUUCCCAUCAUAUAAGAAAUAGAAAUGAAUCAUCCUACAUUCAUACAAUGGAAUUGUCGGGGUUUUAG